AUGCUGAAAUUGUUGCAUUUUGUGGUUCUUCUUGCAUUUUGUGAUAAAAUCUUUGGAUUACCUAAUGAUAUUGAAAAGUGCAGAAUCAAUGAUGAAAGGUGUUUGAUAAAGUCAUCAAAUAAGGUUCUGAAAAAAUAUUAUGGAGGAAUCACGGAAAUCGACCUUCAGUCUCUCGACCCAUUUAUGGCUGAUAAGCUUAGAGUCCUUCAUGAUUAUGGAGUCAUUCAAGCCAAUGGAACAUUAUGGAAUAUAAACUUGUUUGGCCUUAAGAGUGCCACAAUUGAGAGAAUUUUUGGAUUUGAUAAAAAUCUUUUAGAAAUUCAUUUUAAAGUUCCAAAAAUUCAUUUUAAAGGAUUGUAUAAGGCUCAAGCAUCUGUUUUUGGGUUUCAUUCUGAAGGCGAAGGGAUUUUUACCCUCAAUUUUUACGACUUUAGUGCCAAAUUGAUUAUAAAACUUCAACCUUACACAAGAAAUGGAAAAACUUAUUUUAAGACUGUUGGAUCAGACAUGUCAUCUACUGUUAGGACCGGAGACGUAGAUGCAACAUCACUAAGUCGACCCUUAGCAUGGCUAAUAAAUCAAGGUUUUGAUGUAGUUCUUAGAAGUAGUAUUAAAUCCUAUGUUGGUGAUGUAUGGACGCAGCACUAUGAAAAAAAGGUCAACAAUGUUUUGAAUAAAGUUCCGAUUGAGGAAUUAUUUAUAGUCUAA